GCUUUUCGGAGGCAUUUUGAAUUUCCUUGGCAACAUGGAGCUGCCUGAAUUAGAAUUCUCUGCAUGACAGUCCUGGUAAGCAGUAGGAUGGUGUCCGGGGAGGCAGGAGGGCACAGCUACUUGGUGGCAUGCUGGCAGCCCAUCCUGAUCCUCAUGCUCGGCACCGUCCUUUCCGGAUCCACCACCGGUUGCCCCUCCAAAUGCGACUGCAACGGUCAGGAGCGCUCCGUCGUGUGCCACCGGCGGAGACUGGCAGCUCUUCCCGAGGGCAUACCCACUGAAACAAAGCUGCUGGACCUCAGCAAGAACCGCCUGAAAUCUCUGGGGACCGAGGAGUUCAUUAAUUACCCUCAGCUGGAGGAGCUGCAGCUUAACGAGAACACAAUUUCAUCCAUCGAGCCCGGGGCUUUUGGCAACCUUAUGAACCUUCGAACUCUAGGUUUGCGCAACAACCAGCUCAAGCUCAUCCAGCUGGGGGUGUUCACGGGCCUGACCAACCUCACCCAGCUGGAUAUAAGCGAGAACAAAAUUGUCAUUCUGCUCGACUAUAUGUUCCAGGAGCUGUACAACCUGAGGGCACUGGAGGUUGGAGACAACGACCUGGUAUUCAUCUCCUCCCGAUCAUUUCAUGGCCUCAGCAACCUUGAAAGCCUCAACAUUGAGGGAUGCAAUCUGGCCUCGGUGCCCACGGAUGCCCUUAGCCAUCUGCAUAACCUGCUGUCACUUCGCCUACGCUAUCUCAACGUCACUGUCAUGAGGGAUUACUCCUUUAAGAGGCUGUAUCGGCUCAGAGUGCUGGAGAUUUCCCAAAUGCCUGCCCUGGUUACCAUGACCGCAAAAUGCUUGUUUGGACUCAACCUCACAUCAUUGUCCAUCACAAACUGUAAUCUGGCUGUCAUACCCUACCAAGCCAUCAGUCACCUCAGAUAUCUCCGCUUUUUGAAUCUGUCUUUCAAUCCCAUUCAAACCGUGGAAGGGAACAAACUGUUCAAUCUCCAGAAGCUUCAGGCCUUUCAUUUGGCUGGUGGGAGAUUAGCUGCCAUCGAGCCCUACUCUUUCCGAGGACUCAACCACCUCCGUGUACUCAACGUAUCCAGCAACAGCCUGAGCACCAUAGAGGAGUCCGUCUUCCACUCAGUGGGGAACCUGGAGACUCUGGCGCUGUAUGACAACCCGCUGGCCUGCGACUGUCGCUUGCUCUGGGUCUUCCGUCGGCGGUGGAGGCUCAACUUCAACAGACAACAGCCCAUGUGCGCUUCACCCGAGGUCGUUCAAGGAAAAGAGUUCAAGGACUUCCCGGACAUUCUCCCUUCUGACUAUUUCAUCUGCCAGAAAUCAAAGAUCAUGGAUUAUAAGGUCCAAGAAAGCCAUGUAGAUGAAGGAACCACGGUUCAUUUCACUUGCCAAGCUGAGGGUGAUCCGGUUCCUGUGAUAAUGUGGCUGUCCCCUAAGAAGGACUACAUCACUACCAAAACUGCGGGGUCAAGACUUUCUGUGUCUAACGAGGGCACGCUGGAGGUGCGUUACGCCCAAAUCCAAGACAACGGCACCUACUUGUGCAUUGCAAGCAACGCAGCGGGCAAUGACACCAAAGCUGCUCAUCUUUUUGUGCAUAGCUACUCCCCCAAUUGGCCCCACCAGCCGAACAAGACAUUUGCCUUCAUUUCAAACCAGCCCAGCGACGAAGGUGCGAAUGUGACCCGGACCACAGUUCAAUUUCCGUUUGAUGUGAAGACCCUGAUCAUCGCAACCACCAUGGGAUUUAUCUCUUUCCUCGGAGUGGUCCUCUUCUGUCUUGUAAUAUUAUUCCUCUGGAGUCGAGGGAAACAAAAUAUAAAGCCAAGUAUAGAGGUUGAAUAUGUGCCACGUAAAGAGGAACCAGAGGAGGCCAGUCCAACCGAGGCACCCAUACAAUUCAACAUGAAAAUCAUGUGAACUUUGAACAGAGGCCAUGUAAUCUUACAAACUGCAGUUGGGAUGCAUACUUUCUUCGCUUCAAAUAUGUACUCAGUUGAUGAGCGAUAGA